AUGCCGCCGGGGGUGCCGCCCGCGGUCCCCGUCCUCGGCGUCAUCCCUCGCCGCGUCUUCGAGACGCGGCUGCGGGUUUUUUAUGCCGCGAAUCUCGCCAUCCGCGCGGUUCGCCGGCCCCGGGAUCGGCGCUUCGUCGUCAUCGCGGUCGUCAAUCGAAACCCGCGCUACAGCGUGGGGCUGCGGCUCAGUACGCUGCCCUUUGGCGGGCUGCCGGACGUCUUGAUCGUCCCCGGCGCCGAGCACGUCACGGCGCCGAUCCACCUCAGCGACAUCGCCGAGGCCGCCGAGGCGGCGACCCCCGACGGGGCGGCCGGGAAAUUUGUCUAUUUUAUCCCCUGGGCAGUCUGCGAAGUCCCGAAUUUGACCGGCCGGCUCGCGUUGGAUCUCGGGUUUGUCGAGCACGAGGGCCAGCUGACGGAGCCGUUGGAGGAGUGUGCGGUGGAGCUGCGGUUUCCGCCGCCGGCCGCGCCGAACUCCCCCGGCCUGUCCCCACAACGCGGCGACGGCGAGAUGGUGUAUGUUUUUGGCAGGACGUCGUCCAACGUCGGGCGAACCAGCUCGGCCCUAGGAAGUCCCAUUCCCGUCCGGGCAGAAGCCCAGGCACCCACCAGGGAUACCGCGGAAUCCCUUUUCCGGAAGUUAUCCUUGAAUCCUGAAGGCGAUGGCCCGAUCGCCUUAGCGCAACUACGACCGGCGCUUUCUUUAUCGCGAUCGCGCCUCAACUCGAUGGACUGCCCGGGAUUCGAAGCGGAGGUCUGCGAAUCGCAGAAUCUACCGAUGACGCUUCCCCAAAUGACGCCGGUCCUGCUGCAGGUGCGGGUUUGUGCGCCUUGGCGGCGCGCGAUUGCAUUGCGCGUGAAGCUGUGCUUGGAUUAUCACGCGGAUAUCGGGAUUCUGUCCGGCCCGGUGGACUCCACUACUCUCGUGGGCGAGCGAGGCCAACACGUCUAUGACGGCAAUUUUGAGCUUUUUAUGUUUAAAAUAGGCAAUCACAGCCUAUUCAUCACUUUAUCCGACGGUGCUGAGCGUGAGGUAACGUACUGCUUGAAGGUUAAUGUGGUUCACACUGAAAACAUUGGGAUUUAA